GACCGUACACAUAAAGUGGUUGUUGUGGCAACGGUUAAUAGCGUCAGGGUAGGAGACACGCGACAAAAAGAAGUUAGCUUUUUUGUUUGUUAACAAACGAUAUCGUAAUUGGAAACUACUUGUUUUCGAGAUGUAAACCAAAUAUAGAUAAUGCUUUGGAGUCACAAGAGGCUUAACUAUCAAUUUGCUUAUUUAUUAGAUGUUUGCUACGUGCUAAAUUCACACGUUAACCGUUUUAGCUAUAUGCUAAUGUAGCUUAGCGCUGUGUUUAAUAACUGGUAGUUUUAGCUUUCGGGCGCCAGUAACUGCUUCAUGAUUCGUUGUUGUUCAUCUACACUUGGUCCAACCUGAAACAAACAGUGCCAACAUGUCGGCUGUCAGCAGUCUUGUCCCUGCUCGGUUUUUAACCCUCAUAGCUCACCUUGUCAUCGUUAUCACAAUCUUUUGGUCAAGGGAAAAUAAUGUAAAGGCUUGUUUACCUUUGGGGUUUACCCAAGAGCAGUAUGACACUGAGGACAAAAAGUUGGUGGUGGCACUGGGAGUCACCCUCGGUCUGUUCGCAAUAGAGCUGGCCGGUUUCUUUUCAGGAGUGUCCAUGUUUAACUCCAGCCAAAGUCUUCUUUCAACAGGACUCCAUGCCAGUGCCUCAGUGGCUUUGCUUUUCUUUCUUUUUGAGCAGUGGGAGUGCGACAUCUACUGGUGGAUCCUUGCCAUUUGCAGUGUCCUACCAGCCUUCGUGGAGGUUCUUCUCUUUAUAGCGGUUUUUGGACUGAAGAAGAAACCCUUAUAAAAAAAAAAAAAAAAGGGGGGACAUCAAAAAGCUGGAGUUGGUGUGGGCAUGGAUAUUUGUCAGCGUAACAGAUGCCGCUGGGAGAGGAUAUGUGUCUGAUGUAAAGAAUAAUGGUCUGACAAAAACUAUUAAGUCUCAAAUGUUAGAAAUCACUGCUUUUAACAAACUAGUAGAUUACAGGAGCUGUUUUGUACAUUUAAAAAUAUAUAUUUUGAAUAAAAUCGGAAACAACUGCU